GGCCGCGUCCCCGUGGCCGUGAAUGAGCGCGGGGGGCGGGAGCGGAGCGGGAGCGGGCGGGCCGCGCUCCCAUCGCGCUCCCACCGCGCCGCGCCCCACAAAAGUGCGGGGCUGCCGCGGCCGGGCCCAGCGCUGCCGCUUCCCGGGCCGGAGGGGCGCGGAGCAGCCGCGGGGCCGAGCGGAGCCGCUGCCGGGGGCGCUGCGCCGCGCCGGGUUUUUUAUUUCCAAUUUCUGAUCGCAGCUGCAUUUCCCUCCCUCCGCCCCCCCGCGCCGAGGAGGAGCCCCGGCUUUAUGUGGUGCUGCCCGGGGAGCGCUCGGCGGCCGGGAAGUUCUUUGUGUCGCCGUCGCCUUCCUUUUUUUUUUUUUUUUUUUUUUUUUUUUUUUUUUUGGUGUGAGUGUUUAAAUGUAUAACUUCAUGGGGCUGAACAGCACGGCCGUAGCUAUUCAGCCCAAUGUGUCCUGCACAUGCAACUGCAAAAGGUCUUUGUUCCAGAGCAUGGAGAUCAGCACUGAAUGUUUAGGUCGCACCUUUCCAGGUAAACUGGCGGAGUUGGAGUUUGUACAGAUAAUCAUAAUCGUGGUGGUGAUGAUGGUGAUGGUGGUGGUGAUCACGUGUCUGCUGAACCACUACAAACUCUCUGCGCGAUCCUUCAUCAGCCGGCACAGCCAGGGCAGGCGGCGAGACGAGAACCUCUCCUCAGAGGGAAGCCUGUGGCCUUCGGAAAGCACCGUGUCGGGGACCGGCAUCACCGAGCAGCAGAUCUACACCCCGCGGCCCAGCGAGCGCCUGGCAGUGCCCUCCUUCCUGCAGAGGGACCGCUUCAACCGCUUCCAGCCCACGUACCCGUACCUGCAGCACGAGAUCGACCUGCCGCCCACCAUCUCGCUGUCGGACGGCGAGGAGCCCCCGCCCUACCAGGGACCCUGCACGCUGCAGCUGCGCGACCCCGAGCAGCAGAUGGAGCUCAACAGGGAGUCCGUGCGGGCCCCCCCAAACAGAACCAUCUUCGACAGUGACUUGAUAGAUAACUCCGUGUUCGGGGGGCCGUGCCCGCCCAGCAGUAACUCUGGCAUCAGUGCCACCUGCUACGGCAGCAGCGGCAGGAUGGAGGGGCCGCCGCCGACCUACAGCGAGGUGAUCGGCCACUACCCCGGCUCCACCUUCUACCAGCACCAGCAGAACAACAACGGGAUGCCCCCCAUCCUGGAGGGCAGCAGACUCCAUCCCUCACAGAUCAAUGGCCUUGAGAGCACAACGACGACGACGACGGCGUGGAACAAAGAGAAAGAGAAACAAAAAGGGCACCCCUUUUAAAAAGAAAAAAAAAAGAAAAAAAGAGGAAAAAUGACAAAAAAAAAAAGGCAAGAAAGUAAAUGAAACACUCUGCACUUCUCAUGAAAAGAAAAAGGAGAGAGAGAGAGUUGAGGAAGAUGAGCAAAGAAAAAAAAAAAGAAGCCCUUCCCCAUCUCUCCGUGUAUAAAUAUUUACUUGUUAUGUCUGGUCUGAAUGCACAAGCCUACCAAGCUUGCAAAAACAUUUCUUUAUUGAGCUGUGUCUAGACGUU